AUGUCUACAGAGCUACUGUCUGUAGACCAUCCUCGAAUCAAGACAGAGAAAGCCCAGGUAGUGCAUAGACUCUUGAAACAAAUUCCACCUGGAGAAUUCAAUGAGGCCUUCAGUGACUUACGCAUGCUGGUAGAAGAUGAUAAGAUGAUGUGUGAAGAGGCACCCAGUCUCUGUGCCGUGUACAACAAGGACCAUUUCACACCAGUCCAAACCAAGAACGGUGAGGUCCUCUUGACUCGCCACAAUGAGCUGGAGGAGAACUACUUCCUGGAUCCACAGAACCAGGUCUCCUUCAAGUAUGACCACUUGAGGAGAAUACCAAGUGACUUCCAGGCUCAUCCCGAAGAGGACAAGAAAGGAGAGCUAUGGAGGAGAGCCCUCCACGAGGCCCUGAAAUUUUAUGUCGACAACCACUAUCCUGGCGGGCUUUGCAGCGUCUUCGUCAAGGACACAGCUAUGCGGAAGAUUUUUGUGGCUUGCAUUGAAAGCCACCGAUACAAACCGUCUGCCUUCUGGAACGGCUUGUGGAAAUCGGAAUGGACAUUUGCUCUAGCUCCUGCCUCUACAUCCACUCAGGUGACCGGAGUCAUCACGAUCCAGGCACACUACUUUGAAGAUGGCAACACACACCUGACAGCAGUCAAGGAUGCUGAGGAGACGCUGCUGGUCACCGAUGAAGCCCAGACAGCAAAGGACUUUGCAAAGCUGGUGGGGAAAGUGGAAAACGAGACCCAGAGUAAAAUCAUGGAUGAAUACGACCACAUGAACAGCAGCUACAUAAAGUCCUUUCGGAGACAGCUGCCCAUCACUCACACCAGCCUUGACUGGGAAAAAGUGGUGACUGUGAAGACUGUAGAGGCUCGUACGCUCUAG